AUGCUUUUGACACAGAUCGCUGCUGCUUCACUAGCUAUAUUGCAUAUAAGUCAAGGUCAUCCUGACAUUCAGCAUGAAUCUUCAGAAGUUCCUUUAAAAGAUUUUUCAUUAGAUAAUCUACUGAGUUCUUCAUCUAUUUCUUCGAAAUGGAAGUUAGGUCAAGAUGCAAGAUAUAAUGAAGGACGAAUCGUCUUGACUCCCAAGAAAAAUAGUCUAGGGUCUCUUUGGUUGACUGAAGAUGUUCCUAUGAACAAAAAUGCAUUCACCUUGGAAUGGACUUUCAGAUCUGUCGGGUAUUCUGGCCCUACCUCUGGUGGGCUAUCUUUCUGGAUAUUAGAUUCGGCUGCCCCGAUUGAUUUGAAAGAUCAAUCAUUAUUUAAUGGACCAUCCAAAUAUGACGGUUUACAAUUAUUAGUUGAUAACAGUAGCCCAGUAGGCCCAACUUUACGUGGUUCAUUGAAUGAUGGUUCUGAAACUUUUAAUAAACAAAAUAUCUAUGACAAAACAUUUGCAUCAUGUUUGAUUGGUUACCAAGAUUCUUCAGUCCCAUCUACUUUACGUUUAACUUAUGAUCGUAAUGCUGAUAAUCUGUUAAAAUUGCAAGUCGAUAACAAAGUAUGUUUCCAAACAAGAAAGAUUAAAUUGUCACCAUCUAAUGCUAAUCUAUAUAGAUUUGGUGUUUCUGCUGACAAUUCAAACACUGCGGAAUCUUUUGAAAUUUUGAAAAUGAAACUUUAUGAUUUUGUUACAGAAGAUUCCCUGAUACCAAAUGUUAAGGAGAUGGCACAACCUAAAUUAUUGACCAAGAUAAUUGAUAAAGCCUCUGGUAAAGAAAAAAUUGUUGAUAAAGAAAUUUAUGAUUCAGAAAAUAGUGAAAUCACCAACUACGAAUUAUAUAGAAAGUUAGAUAAAGUUGAAGGGAAAUUAUUAGCAAAUGAUAUUAGUAUUUUAGAAAAAAAACUAUCAAAUAUCCUAGAAGCACAACAAGAAAUGAGAAAAUAUGUAGAACAUUUGGAGAAAGCUUUGAAUGUCUUAACUACAAAUACUAUUAAUAACAACGGCAAUGAUAAUAAAGAUGGUGAAGCCAAAAUUGUGAAUGACAAUUCUAAUUACGAAGAUUUCCUAGCAAUGAAUACCAAAUUGGAACAAAUGUUGAAUGAACAACAAAAGAUUAGAGAAACCACUUCCAAACAAAACCACAUGCCACCUGGCCCACAAGUUGAAGAUGUCUUGAACAAAUUAGCCCUUUGGUUGUCUCCAUUGGUUAUUAUUAUCCUUGUCAUGGCUUAUUAUACAUUUAAGAUUAGACAAGAGAUUGUCAAAACCAAACUGUUGUAA